CGCUCUCCCGUCCCUUCCCAUCAUGCAGCGCUCGCGCCUACUCCUCCGCCGAGCCGCCAUGUUGUCGGAGUGAAAUCCUGGGGCGUCAGAGAGAAGCUGGGGCCCAAAUCCGCAACCAUCCAUCCUCUGCGCCGGGGGGGAUUUAUCACAAUGUUGAGCAGCUGUCGUGAAGAUUAUUGCCUGUUUUAAAUGGCCCAAUGAAAUGCUGAGUUAUGCCUGGCUGUGGUGGAAUGAGCAGUGUGUGCUGAAGAGGAAAGCAGUGCUCUGGCAGGAUUCCUUCAGCCCCCACCAUAGAAGUUCGUCUCCCAGCAGCAUGCCCGUGGUGCUGAGCAGCGGAGGGCACGACCCCCCGGUCGGGCAGACCCCUCAGGCCGCGCCGCCCAACCAGCAGGGUGUGGCAGGUGCCGGACGUUCCCAGGAUGACGCCAUGGUGGACUACUUCUUCCAGCGGCAGCACGGCGAGCAACCCGGAAAACACCGCUGGCCCACCGGCGACAACAUCCAUGACAGCCAGGUGCGCUCCAUGGACGAGUUGAACCACGAUUUCCAGGCGCUGGCGUUGGAGGGACGCACAAUGGGAGAGCAGCUGCUCACGGGCAAGAAGUUCUGGGAGACGGACGACUCCGGGAAGGACGGGCCAAAGGGGAUCUUCCUGGACCAGUGGAGGGACAGCGCAUGGGGGGCCUCAGACCACUCGGUGUCCCAGCCAAUCAUGGUGUCCCGCCGGCCCGGUCAGGGCUUCCACGGCGGCGGCGAAGUGGGCGUGGGCUCCGUCAUGUCGCCGCGAUCCGAGAGCGGCGGGCUGGGCGUCAGCAUGGUGGAGUACGUGCUGUCCUCCUCGCCCGCAGACAAGCUGGACUCUUGCCUGCGGAAAGGACCUUAUGGCCAGCGGGACGGCGAGGUGGUGGAGGACAAGCGGGAGAAGCCAAAGGUGCCGUUUGAGGCGGAAAAGUUGAAAGAGCUGGCGGAGGCGGAGGCCGACGUCAUCAACGACGUCAUCAACCCCAACGGGCUGCCCGUGCAGAACGGUCUGGACGUCGACGUCAAAGAGUUCGGCCGCCAGCCGGGCAACAUGCAGCCCCCGGGACCCGAGGGGGACCUGCUGGGCGGUCCCGGGGGCGUCGGCGUGGACGGGCUGACGCCCUUGGGAGGCGGCGGCGGCGGCGGGCCCAAACCUCCCGACGACUUCUCGGGCGUCGACCAGGGCGGCGUCGCCAUGGACCCGAUGGAGUCGGUGAUGGAGCCGCUGCAGUUCGACUACAACUCGCAGAUGCCCAUGGACUCGGCGCCCACUGUGGGACUUUUUGAUUACACCAACCAGCAGCAGCAGCUUUUCCAGAGAAACAACGCUCUCGCCGUGCAGCAGCUCACAGCCGCCCAGCAGCAACAGUACGCCUUGGCGGCGGCGCAGCAGCCGCACAUCGGUCUGGCCCCUGCCUUUGUUCCCAAUCCUUACAUCAUCAGCGCCGCGCCGCCGGGUACGGACCCUUACGCGGCGGGUCUAGCGGCGGCCGCGACUCUCGGGCCUGCAGUGAUGCCUCCUCAGUACUACGGCGUCACGCCCUGGGGCGUGUACCCCGCCAACCUGUUCCAGCAACAGGCAGCCGCCGCCAACAACUCGGCCAAUCAGCAGGCGGCAGGCCAGGGUCAGCAGAACCAACAGCAGGUGAUGCGCGCGGGAGGAAACCAGCGUCCCUUGACACCCAGCCAGGGGCAGCAAGGGCAGCAGAACGAGCAGCUGGUUGCCACGGCGGCCGUCAACUCCGCCCUGGCCUUCGGGCAGGGGCUCGCGGCGGGAGUGCCUGGUUAUCCGGUCCUGGCCCCCGCAGCGUACUACGACCAGACGGGCGCCCUGGUGGUCAACACCGGGGCUCGGAGCGGCCCCGUUCGCCUCAUGGCCCCCGCGUCCGUCAUCAUAUCGCCUUCUGCGGCGCAAGCAGUCGCAGCGGCGGCGGCCUCGGCGGGCGGCGCCAACGGGGGCCUCGGCGGCGGCGCCAACGGCCCCUUCCGCGCCAUGACGUCCCAGCAGCCCCAGCAGCAGGGCGGCCCUCUGGGCGGCAGCUCCUUCUACGGCUCGUCCUCGCUCAGCUCGUCCUCGCAGAGCUCCUCGCUCUUCUCGCAGGGCUCCGGCCAGCCCGGCCCGGGCUCGGCUUCCCUGGGCUUCAGCCAGCAAGCCUCCUCGUCCCUCGGCGCCACGCUCGGGGCCACUUUGGGAGGCUUCGGUACUGCAGUGGCCAACUCCAGCGGCGGCAGCGGAUCACGCCGCGACUCCUUGACGGGCAACAGCGAGCUGUACAAGCGCACGCCCUCCAGCCUCACGCCCAUCGGCCACGGCGGCUUCUACAACGGCACGCUGGGCUUCAGCCCCUCGCCCGGCCCGGUGGGCAUGCCGCUGCCCAACCAGGGCCCGUCCCACUCGCUCACCCCGCCGCCCUCGCUCUCCAACCACAGCUCCUCGUCCAACCUCAACCUGGCCGAUGCCCCCUUCGCAGGGGGCCUGACCAACGGGAGCGGGCGCUUCAUCUCGGCCGCCCCGGGCGCCGAGGCCAAGUACCGCAGCGCCGCCAGCUCGGGCUCGUCGCUCUUCUCUCCCAGCAGCCAGCUGUUCCCGUCGUCGCGGCUACGCUACGGCAUGUCGGACGUGAUGCCGUCGGGACGUAGCCGCCUGCUGGAGGACUUCCGCAACAACCGCUACCCCAACCUGCAGCUGCGUGACAUCGCGGGGCACAUCAUGGAGUUCAGCCAGGACCAGCACGGCAGCAGGUUCAUCCAGCUGAAGUUGGAGCGAGCCAGUCCGGCCGAGCGCCAGCUCGUCUUCAGCGAAAUCCUGCAGGCCGCCUACCAGCUCAUGGUGGACGUCUUCGGCAACUACGUCAUCCAGAAGUUCUUCGAGUUCGGCAGUCUGGAUCAGAAGCUGGCGCUGGCCGAGCGUAUCCGCGGCCACGUGCUGUCGCUGGCGCUGCAGAUGUACGGCUGCCGAGUCAUCCAGAAGGCGCUGGAGUUCAUCCCGUCCGAUCAGCAGGUCAUCAGCGAGAUGGUGCGCGAGCUGGACGGCCACGUGCUCAAGUGCGUGAAGGACCAGAACGGAAACCACGUGGUGCAGAAGUGCAUCGAGUGUGUGCAGCCGCACGCGCUGCACUUCAUCAUCGACGCCUUCAAGGGACAGGUGUUCGCGUUGUCCACUCACCCGUACGGCUGCCGAGUGAUCCAGCGCAUCCUGGAGCACUGCCUGCCCGAGCAGACGCUGCCCAUCCUGGAGGAGCUCCACCAGCACACCGAGCAGCUCGUGCAGGACCAGUACGGCAACUACGUGAUCCAGCACGUGUUGGAGCACGGCCGCGCCGAAGAUAAGAGCAAGAUCGUGGCCGAGAUCAGAGGGAACGUGCUGGGACUCAGCCAGCACAAGUUUGCCAGUAACGUGGUGGAGAAGUGCGUGACGCACGCGUCUCGGGCGGAGCGAGCGGUGCUGAUCGACGAGGUGUGCAGCCUGACGGAGGGCCCCCACAGUGCCUUAUACACCAUGAUGAAGGACCAGUACGCCAACUACGUUGUGCAGAAGAUGAUCGACGUGGCCGAGCCCACCCAGCGCAAGAUCGUCAUGCACAAGAUCCGGCCCCACAUCUCCACGCUGCGCAAGUACACGUACGGCAAACACAUCCUGGCCAAGCUGGAGAAGUACUACAUGAAGAACGGCGUGGACCUGGGCCCCCUGUGCGGGCCCCCCAACGGCAUCAUGUAACCCCCCCCCCCAAAUUAAGGUCGUAAGCCCUUUCCCAAUCCUUCAGUUUCCAUGACAACCCUUUCAAUCUGCCCACCCCAGCCUGGAGGCCUGCUGAACUUGUGCAGGUGUUACCCCGCCCCCGACGUUAUUUUUUGUUUGUUUGUUUCAUAUUUCACUUUGGCCCCCUCCCACUCUCGAAAAUGACUAUUUUAUUUGUCAGCCAAUGGUAGACGAACGAGUACACACACACGCGAGCUAACCAGCCGACACGUCAUUUAGCAUGGGAGUUUUCUGGUCUUGCUUCUAUAAAUAUAACAUGUAUACUUGGUGUAGAAUCUUUGCAUAUACAGUACAUAUGAAUAUAUAUAUAUAUACAUAUAUAUAUAUAUAAAUAUAUAUAUAAAAACUUUGUAGGUUUUUUCUGGUUUUUGAUGUCGACUGUAUCUAUAAUGUAUCCUAGUAGUGACCACGCAUACUUCUGACUGUAUACUUGUACAUUUGUAAACCCUUGUAAUGUAAAAGUGCUUUACUGCCCUUUUUUUGGUAUGAUUAUAAUAAUGAUGAUGAGGAAAAAAAACUUAGGGGGGAAAAAAAAUCUUUACCUGUGCAUUUCAGUGUAUAUUCUCACUUUCUUGGUUUGUGACAUGAGUUGUAUAUUGUAAAUUGUAAUAUCAAGUUUUGCUUUUUGUCCCCCCCCCCCCCAUCUCUCUCUCUCUCUCCCCCUCUCUCUCAAAAAGCCCUUUCUGUAUCUAUAUGGCGUAGUACUUGUACAAAAAAAACAAACAAAAAAAAAACAUUCGCACCACACUUGGUUUUAUCAGCUUAACUUUAAAAAAAAAAAAAAAAAAAAUCUCCCACUGACUUCCUUCAGUUGUCUUUAUUUUUUUUUUAAGAUCUUUUUAUAGAAAAGCUUCACUUUUGAUGGGAGUGAACAUGGCUUGUACAGAGGAGAUUCUUGUUGGAAUUUUUGUUUUGUUUUGUUUGUAAUUUUCUGGUUCUGUAAGUGCUGUAUCAUAAUGUCUUUUUUUUUUUUUUUUUUUUUUUUUUUUUUUUUUUUUUUGGCGUGAGAAGAGAGGCAGCCAUUUUUUUGGGGUGAAGAUUAAAAAAAAAAAUACCGCCUUGUGUAUAUUUACUACUACGAGCACACCUUGUAACCAUAUGUGUAUAGUUAACAGAAACCUGUGUAUGCUUACUUGCCUGGGCAACUAUUUUUUGUAACUCCUGUUGUAGAUUGUCUCUAAACAAUUGUGUGAUCUUUAUUUUGAAACCAAACGGAAGAAAAAAAAAAAAGAAAAUCCCCCCCAAAAAUUGAAAAUUUCAA